AUGGGUCCCGUGGCUCGGCUGGCCGCGCUGCUGGCGCUGCUGGCGCUGGGGCCCAGGGGUCCGGCGGGGCCCGCGGCGCAGGGGGACACGUUCUCCGCGCUGACUAGCGUGGCGCGCGCCCUGGCGCCCGAGCGCCGGCUGCUGGCCCUGCUGCGGCGCUACCUGCGCGGGGAGGAGGCGCGGCUGCGGGACCUGACCAGAUUCUAUGACAAGGUGCUUUCUUUGCAUGAGGAUUCAGCAACCCCUGUGGCUAACCCUCUGCUUGCGUUUACUCUCAUCAAACGCCUGCAGUCAGACUGGAGGAAUGUAGUGCACAGUCUGGAGGCCAGUGAGAACAGCCAAGCUCUGAAGGAUGGUUAUCAGAAAGUGGAGCAGGACCUUCCAGCCUUUGAGGACCUUGAAGGGGCAGCGAGGGCCCUGAUGCGGUUGCAGGACGUGUACAUGCUCAAUGUGAAGGGGCUGGCCCGAGGCCUCUUCCAGAGAGUUACCGGCUCUGCUGUCACCGACCUCUACAGUCCCAGACGGCUUUUCUCCCUCACGGCAGACGACUGCUUCCAAGUUGGCAAGGUGGCCUAUGACAUGGGGGAUUACUACCAUGCCAUUCCGUGGCUGGAGGAGGCUGUCAGUCUCUUCCGAGGAUCUUAUGGAAAGUGGAACACAGAGGACGAGGCAAGUCUAGAAGACGCCUUGGAUCACUUGGCUUUUGCCUCUUUCCAGGCAGGAAAUGUUUCAUAUGCCCUCAGCCUCUCCCGAGAGUUUCUUCUCUACAGUCCAGAUAAUAAGAGGAUGGCCAGAAAUGUCUUGAAAUAUGAAAGGCUCUUGGCAGACAGCCCUAAGCAGAUGGUAGCCGAAGCUGUCAUCCAGAGGCCCAAUGUCCCCCACCUGCAGACCAGAGACACCUAUGAAGGAUUGUGUCAGACCCUAGGUUCCCAGCCCACUCACUACCAGAUCCCUAGCCUCUACUGCUCCUAUGAGACCAACUCCAACCCCUACCUGCUGCUCCAGCCUUUCCGGAAGGAGGUCAUCCACCUGGAGCCCUAUGUUGUCCUCUACCAUGACUUUGUCAAUGACAUGGAGGCUCAGAAAAUUAAAGGGCUUGCAGAACCAUGGCUACAGAGAUCAGUGGUGGCGUCAGGCGAAAAGCAGUUACAAGUGGACUACCGCAUCAGCAAAAGUGCCUGGCUGAAGGACAGUGUUGACCCAAUGCUGGUGACCCUUGACCACCGCAUUGCUGCUCUCACAGGACUUGAUGUCCAGCCCCCCUAUGCAGAGUAUCUCCAGGUGGUGAACUAUGGAAUCGGAGGACACUAUGAGCCUCACUUUGAUCAUGCUACGUCACCGAGCAGUCCUCUGUACAGAAUGAAGUCUGGAAAUCGAGUUGCAACAUUUAUGAUCUAUCUGAGCGCGGUGGAAGCUGGAGGAGCCACAGCCUUCAUCUAUGCCAACUUCAGCAUGCCUGUGGUUAAGACGUGUGCUUCCCAAGGACUGGGAUUCUGGGCUGACCCUCCUGGGCUGGGUCCUCUCAUUUUCAGAAUGCAGCACUGUUUUGGUGGAACCUGCAUAGGAGUGGUGAAGGGGAUGGUGACACCCUUCACGCUGGCUGUCCUGUCCUGGUGGGAGAUAAGUGGGUGGCCAACAAAUGGAUACAUGAGUAUGGACAGGAAUUCCGCAGACCCUGCAGCUCAAGCCCUGAAGACUGAAAUGUUAGCAAAGAGAAGUUGGUGAAGUCCUGUGGCUUUCCAGAAAAGCCAGAAGCCAAAAGUUAGGAGAAGAGAGGAGAAAGGAGAGCAGACUCCUGGAAGACGGCUCUUCUCAGCACUGGCUGUUCUUCGAAAAUGGUGGGAGACAAAGAAGUGGUCUUUACCAGGAGACAUCUGAGAAUUUACACUUGUUUCUCCUCAAGCCAUUAGAAUCAGAGUAGAAUGGACACUACAAAGGAGACAGCGACGGAGACUUGAGAGAAAUUUCUGGGGCUCAGAUACUGUGUUGGGAACGGGACAUACUGACAGUCUCUGGGCUUUGGUCCAUGGAGCCUCUGCCACUUUGAGCCUUAACCAUAGGGGUUCAGAAGUGGAAAUGAGGAUGCCUACAGGAGGGGGCUUAGCUUGACUUCCAUGGCUUUAAGUCCUUCUCCCCACCGACUUCUGCUGAAGGCCUAGCAGCAGAGUGUCUGUGAUUUUUUUUAAAUACAGCCAUUAAAAAUGUUUACAAAUAA